GUUAUAACAAAGCAAAAAUCAACAACACUUGUGUGCGUGUAUGGCGCCCACGGCCUCUUCUCUCACCUUCAAGGCUCGCCGCGGCGCGCCGAUGCUCGUCGCGCCGGCAGCGGCGACGCCGCACGAGGUCAAGCCGCUCUCCGACAUCGACGACCAGCAGGGCCUGCGGUUCUACCGGUCGGGGAUCCACUUCUACCGGAGCGAUCCGGCGAAGGCCGGGCAGGACCCCACGGCUGUCGUAAAGAAGGCGCUCGCCGAUGCAUUGGUCUACUACUACCCUCUCGCCGGCCGGCUGCGUGAGGUCGAGGGGAGGAAGCUGGUGGUGGAUUGCACUGCCGAGGGGGCCGUGUUCGUCGAGGCCGACGCAGAUGUCACGGUGGAGGAUUUCGGCGAUCUGCUGAGCCCGCCGAUCCCCUGCAUCGAGGAGCUGCUCUGCGAACCGGACAGCAACACUGCCGUUGUUACUGAUCGGCCGUUGCUGUUCAUACAGGUGACGCGGCUGCGGUGCGGGGGGUUCGUCUUCGCGCUGCAGAUCUGCCACAACAUGGCGGACGCCGCGGGGGUGAUGCAGUUCGUGCAAGCGCUCGGCGAGCUCGCCCGCGGCACGCCCGGCGCCCCGACCGUGCCGCCCGUGUGGGCGCGGGAGCUGCUCCUCGCCCGCUCCCCGCCGCGCGUCACGCACGCCCACUUGGAGUACCGCUGCCCGGAGCAGCCGAGCGCCGCCGUGGUCCGCCCCGACGACGCUACUCUCGAGCGCCGCGCCUUCUUCUUCGGCCCCCGCGAGCUCUCCGCGCUGCGGAUGCCGCAGGUGCGGUGCUCGCGUUUCGAGACGGUGGCGGCGUUCGUGUGGCGGUGCCGCGCGGCGGCGCUCGGGUGCGGCGGGGAGGCGGACGAGGCGCGCAUACAGUUCGUGGUCAACUCGCGGGGGCUCCGCGACUCGCCGCUGCCGCGGGGGUUCUACGGGAACGCGUUCGCGUUCGCUGUGGCGGCGGCGACGGUGGGGGAGCUGAGAGAUGGCGGGUUCGCGUUCGCGCUGCAGAAGGUGGCGGCGGCGAAGGCGGAGGUCACGAUGGAAUGCAUCCGGUCCGUCGCGGACUUCAACAUGGUAUCAGAGCGGAGGCCGAAUUUCGGCGCGUCGGCCGCGCGGUCGUAUAUGGUGUCGGACGUGACCCGCGCCGGGUUCGAGAACGUCGACUUCGGGUGGGGGGUGAACGUCUACGGCGGGCCGGCGACCGCCAACCUGGCGACCUUCCAUCUGAAGGGCAGAAAUCAGAGCGGGGAGGAAGGGAUCAUCGUGCCAAUGUGCCUGCCGGCACAGGCCAUGGAGCGGUUCGUCAAGGAGGUCGAAAUCGGGCUAGGUUUCGAUAAUAAUUAUUAUUGAAAUAGCACCAGAUAAUCUUAUCAUCCACCACGGAUCACUCUUGUAAUAAAAUCUCAGCUUUGUAUGGCCCGUGAGUUAAUUAGAUGUAUUAUUUAUUUAUUUAUUCACUUAUUUGUUCUCUUUUUAUCGUA